CGAGGUGUCGCUGUUUGUAAUUGACGUGCACCUUUCGGUGACGUCACGGGGCAGAGAAUCUAUUUUCUUCGAGCCAUUUCUUUGAAGCUCAUCGGCGUUCCGCCGCAACAGCAGCGGCACACAUCGCAUUGAGGCUUCUCGCGAUUGCAUCACUUCACACGUUUUCCCAGCAGUGCAGUGUGUUCCCUCUUAAGCGUUUCCCCUCUAUUCUCGUCGAGUGCUCAUGGAAGCGGCAGUGUCCAGUCGGGGGGCGUCGGCGAGGCGUAUUCUGUGGGAAUCGAUUGCCAAGGUUUCAAAACGCGCGCCUUCGCCGCAUUCGGAAACUCCUGGAAUGUUUAAGGAAGAAACGGAAGACAACCAGCGUUACGUGAAACACCUUCUAGACUUCCGAGACGACGAGCUGGAACCUACCACGGGACCAGUGCAAUGUUCACGAAUAAUUGUGGCACCCUCUAUGACUUCCGCGCCCAACAUCAUCACCGAUAUGGUGGCAUUUGCUCAGUUGAAGCAGUGGCCGCAGCAGCUGGUGUUUCACACAUGUCGUGGCGGAAAUUAUUGCGACGGAGGGAACGCCGAGACAAUAGUCGGCAGUGGUGGCCUUGUUUCGGCAAGUGUGAACGCAAGUUCCCGCUGCCUACACGUGCGACUCCAGGGGAUGAAGUCGAAUUAUCGUUACUUCGUCUCCAUUGGCGUCCAGCUGUACGGCCAGACAAGCGACCCGGACCGCGACAUCGCAAGUGAUGUCGUGCCUCAGCCAAACCUGCUCGACGGUUUCGGUUGGGUAAACACUCCCUUGUGCCUUGACUUGACUGUACUUCUCGAGGAGAACCCAUGGGUUCCCGUCUGCACUACUGCUAAAGCUUACGUCGACGUCCGAUACAAGAUCACGAUGCGCAUUCUCCUACUCUCUGAGGACUGCUGGCCAGCCGGUGUGAAGCCCGUCCUGAUCACUCUCAAAGAAGGCUUCCUCGUGGAGAUUCUCUCGACCAGACAGCAAACAGUGAACCGACCAGGAGUGUUUCCUUUUGGAACGCAGGACGUCACAUCUCUGAGCGACCACCAAGCAGUCUCUGGCGUGUCAUUCGGACCGUACAGCUUUUCCUCGCCGGUGAUUGAGUCUCACGGCGGCUAUCCGUGGCAGGAAGAAGACAGCAUGCCAGUCACGCUUGGUCUGGAUUUACCGCGUGGCGUCAUGCAAGAACCGGCCGCGCUGUUCCGUUUCCGGGAAACAUCACAGUCGCCACCUUUCAUGAACUUCGUGAGCAACGGCUUCUUGUCACCAGCCACACCAGGCAAUGACUACAUCGCUGCAGACAGAGGUCGUACAAACUUCUUCCGAGACCUGGAUGGCGAGGCUCUCCUGCGCCAGUUACACCUGCGCCAGCGCCGUCCUUCGACCAUGCUACCUGUGGAUAGCCACUCUCAACAGUGCUGUGGCAGUCCUUGUGACGAAAGGCAUCAUGCGAUGCCGGAUGAUGUGGACAUUUUCCAGGAAAAUCUCUUCGACGGAGGCUAUGCUUGCCCGUCUGCCGACGCGACGUUUUUUCUCUAGCACUAUUUUAGAUAAUUUUAGGAUUUCUAUGCGUAUUUAGCGUUUAUAUCUUCAAAAAAAAACUAAUUUGAUAUUCUUUUUAGUUUGACUAUCUUUCAGUUUUAUUCGUUUACCCAAGUUUGCUGCGGUCACUGUUAACGCGCAUCGAAGUCAGUGUCAAAUGAAAAGGCAGCACUGGAAUGCGUGACCGAUUGCCGUUCACGCUGUCUGCAGUUCCCCUUCGAAAACAACCGCCCAUGUAUGGUUUAGCUACUAGAAGCAAUGGUACGGUAUCAAUGAUUCGACGGUUAUCAAGUUGAGCCACCGAAGAGUCACUUCAUGCAGUAUGCCGACCAGUCUGUGUGCUGGUGUGACGUGGUACUGAAUGACCGCAUGCUUGGCCGGCUUGACUUGGAAGACGAGUGGGCUUGGCACCACGACGAUGUCACUCUUCCAGCAGCCGAACCUGACACGUGCACUUGUCUUCUAUGUUCACUUGUAUAAUAUGGGGCGCAUGUCCUUUUCCUAAGCCCUCCAGUGUGCGCUUUUCAUUUGACUCUGAUAGUAACUUUCUUUUAUUUCAAACCGAACUUAUGUUUUGUUCACUAAGCAGCCGAUAUUCAGGCUUUAAUAUUGAAAAUUAUCUACACGCAGUUUUGUUGACAUGAGUUGAUCUGAAAUAAAAAUAUUAACCCAAAGUGGUCUGUUUUCUUC